AUGGCCGAGAUGGAACUCCAGCACUUUGCCGACAGAAUUGUUGUUGGCGAUGAGAGACGGCCUAACCCCGUGGCCAGAAACCUGCGUGACGAUGCAGAUGGAACUAUCCUCGUUGGCCAGAUGCGCCAGGCUGCACUUAUGCAAAUAGGCACAUUGAUUUGGCUGAUGAUAAAUGUCGAGUUACUCUCAGCGGACUGGGCUUUCCAGUUCAGUAUUGAGAACGAGAGUAAUGGCACACGCACAAAGGAGGAGACAACCGAGAUUGGAAUGAAUGUUUCCUCAGGCCGAGAGGUCUCUAAUUCUGUUUAUGCCAGUGCUGGAUUCACUGGCUUCGGUUUUUCUGCUCAGGUCGGCGGCUCCACUGAGACCAAGACUUUCUCUACGUUGGAGACGUCAUCUAUCAGGACCGUGAGAGACACUUAUGUUUGCCCCCCUCACUCCAGCAUCUUUGUGUACAAAAGAAGAUACAAAUUUCGAUGCAGAACUUGGUUUCUUGCACCGGGGGUCCAUGCAUGGGUGGAGAACCCCAAUGGCGUCAAGAUCGAAUCCCAAUUCGAGAACGAGAUUAUCGCCAACCAGGAGUUGAUCAGCCCAGUUGCGUUGACAAACAUCGGUCGAAUCACCAACAGCAAUCCCUCUGGCCUCACACUUCCCACUCGAGGGUGGAAGAUUGAUAGAAACAGCCCUUGGCAAAGGUGGUACGAGAUCACUCGUGAACUGUAUCCCUGGGUUCGGUAG